GAAGGGGGAGGCAGCAGCCAGGGCAGCAACGGCAAAGGUGGCGGCGGCUCGGAGCAGGCAUCCCGUCUGGCAGAGCCGCAGCGUGCCAUCGACCAUCUGGAGGCCUUCCCCAGCCUGGGUGGCGAUGGAGAUGAGUUCGCGGCCGAGCGGCCGGCCGCCCUUCGCGCCAAGAAGGGGCAGGCCUCAGCAGCCCAGGCCGCAGAUAAGGAGGCAGGGAUGAUGCCAGCUGGCAGACUGCGUCGAGCGGCCAACGCGGUCAGCAAGGCGGAGCGCAAGGCCGCAGGGGCACGCAGGGCCAUGGAGGUUGCUGACGCAGCUGUGGCGGAGGCUGAGGCGGCAGCGCAAGCGGCUGCGGACCGUCUGGAGGGGGCCGAGGACCGCAAAACUGAGGCGCGCGAGCGGCGUGCCGCCUUGGAGGAGGAGGCCGCUGCGGCCAAGGCCACCCAGGAGCGCCUGCAGGUCUCGGCUGGAGACUUGGAGGCCACGCGCGUUUUCCUCCAGCUGUGCACGCUCCCGGCGGCGCACUCGGCGGGCAACUUCGCCAGGGCCUGUGAGCUCACCGCGCAGCAGCUGCAGGCAGCGGAACGCAUGUUCUCCCUCCAGGAGCCUGCGGUGGAAAAGCAGCCUCGCGAGCGGUGGGGAGACUGCUGCCCGAUCGAAGGCGGGGCGAUUGACUCCGACUCCCACGCCGAGCUGGAGGUCGAUGUUCAGCCAACUGCCGAGCGUGGGCAGGCAGAGAGGCGAGGCCCAGCGGCGGGCCCUUGGCCGCGGGUGCCGCAGGGCGCGGUGCGCGAGCUGGUGGCUGAGGCAUCCGAUGUGGGCCCGUUGGCGACCGCACCUGCAGGCAACUCGGCGGCCGCUGGCGGCGCGAUGCAGCG